AUGAACUUUAAUAUCCAGGAAAUUACGGGAAAUUUCCGAGUGUGUACGGGAUAUCAUGGUGGCAAAAAAAACAUGCUCUAUAUUCACAGAAAAUUUGGAGUGACAAUGGUAGGCCAGAAAUCUUCACUCCUCAACUGUAACCAAGCACAACAAACAUUAUUGUUACCCACUCCGGUGGAUAAACUUAAAGACGCUUACAGGUGUCUAGAAACAUUUGAAAUAUUGACACAAAAAAAUUGGCAAGAGAGCCAAGGAGACUUUCCUUGUGCAGAUUAUACAAAAAAAAAACAAAUUGCAUUAGCUCUGGCUUACCGCCUGAUAUUUCAAUUGAAACAAAGACUUUUAUAUGAAAUUAUGCCCAGGAAGAAUGAAUUUGAUGUUAGACCAGUAGAAACCAAAUUGUCUGAUCAGAGGACCGUUAUUCCUAAAAGAAUGAGAGUCAGGAUUAGAGAAAGAAACCAGGCCUCGGACAGAUGGUCACAAUUAACUCGUCCGGUUGGAUAUAAGCAUCGUGUCGCGCCAGGAAAUUUUGUCCCCGUAAGAUUGCUGAAUUCUGAGCAGGCCGGUGUCGGAAAACGGUGGAUAAGUCGGUCUCAUCAUCUUUGUAGGCAUGCUUCCAGGACUUUCAGAGAGGGUCGAAGGUAG